CCACGCGCGUUCUCUAUUGGGCGAUGUCUGGAGCGUCAACCCGGAAGUGGGGGGCGGGCGUGUUCCCCGCACGCACGUGGGCAGGCUGUCGGGUGCGGGGCGCGCGCCGGGUGUCUAGAUGUGUUCCAGGGCGGCAGGCCCCGCAGCUCCGGGGCCCGGCCGGGCGCCGGUGGCGGAGGAGGCGGAGAUGCCGGAGCUGUCUGACAGCAGCGGCGAGGAGGCCUGGGAGGACGAGGAGGACCUCGCAGAGCAGCAGACCCCCUGCCUCUUCUGUGAUCGGCUGUUCAGUUCUGCUGAAGAUACAUUUUCCCACUGUAAAUCGGUGCAUCAAUUUAAUAUUAGUAAUAUGAUCCAUAAGCAUGCACUUGAGUUUUAUGGAUACAUUAAGCUAAUAAACUUUGUUAGAGUGAAGAAACCAACUGCAGAAUACUUGAAUUCUCUCAGCAGCCCACUGCCUUGGGAGGAAGAGAAGUACUUGAAACCAGAGCUAGAAGAUGAUCUGUUACUUCAGUUUGACAUAGAGGAUCUUUAUGAUUCUACAAACAUCUCAUACCCCAAUGGAUUAAGUGAUAACACAGCGAUCCUCGAACAGUUGAAAUGUACAGAACACAGAGCAAAGCUUGCAGAAACAGCAUUAGCCAGAGCUCAAGAAGAUCUUCAGAAAAUGAGAGAAUUUGCACAGGAUUUUGUGAUGAACGCAGAUGUCGGAAGCAGCUUGUCGUCAUCUAGCGCCAUUGCGGAACUCCGGGAGGAUGAGGAUGGCGUUUACUUCAGUUCAUAUGGGCAUUAUGGGAUACACGAAGAGAUGCUAAAGGAUAAAGUGCGUACUGAAAGCUAUCGUGAUUUUGUAUACAAAAACCCACACAUCUUCAAGGGCAAGGUGGUUUUGGAUGUUGGCUGUGGGACUGGAAUACUCUCCAUGUUUGCUGCCAAAGCAGGUGCGAAGAAGGUGAUUGGCGUUGACCAGUCUGAAAUAGUUUAUCAGGCAAUGGACAUCAUUAGGCUGAAUAAUCUUGAAGAUACGAUUACCCUAGUCAAAGGAAGAAUUGAAGAAGUUGAUUUGCCUGUUGAGAAAGUGGACAUUAUUAUAUCUGAGUGGAUGGGCUAUUUCCUUCUCUUUGAGUCUAUGCUGGAUUCUGUCAUUUACGCAAAGGACAAGUAUCUGGCAGAGGGAGGCUCAGUCUAUCCAGACAUCUGCACCAUUAGCCUGGUGGCUAUAGGUGAUAAGAAUAAACAUGCAGAUAGACUAGCUUUCUGGGAUGAUGUGUAUGGCUUCAACAUGUCCUGCAUGAAGAAGGCUGUAAUACCAGAAGCUGUUGUGGAUGUAGUGGAUCCAAGCACACUUAUAUCUGAAGCCAGUGUCGUUAAGUGUAUAGACUGUGUCACAACAUCCAUUCCAGAUCUGGAGUUUUCUUCGGAUUUCACUUUAAUUAUUACUGAAAACACUGUGUGUACGGCGGUUGCUGGCUACUUCGAUAUAUUUUUUGAGAAGAACUGCCACAACAGUGUCAUGUUCUCGACGGGUCCCCGGUGUACCAAAACACACUGGAAACAAACAGUGUUUCUCCUGGAGAACCCUAUUUCUGUAAAAACAGGUGAGGCCUUGAGAGGAAAGAUAACUGUCCUCAAGAAUAGGAAGGAUCCACGGUCCCUCAUUAUAACUCUUUCAGUGAACAAUACAAAACAGACAUACAGCCUGCAGUGAAAAUACUAAACAGACUUCAAGAAAUGCAAAUUUUAUAUGUAUCUGAUGUCAGUUUUUCUAAACAAAAAUUGUUUUUGGCUCAAGAAUACAGCAAGAGUUGGAACUGACUAGCUUAUCAUUUGUGUGGUCUUGCAAAGGUGAUAGAUGAGAUGAUGAUGAAACCAAAUCUGAGUGCACUUCCUAUAAUAUGGAGAGAAGGAAUGAAAAUGGUUUUAAUUUAGGUGAAUCUGCUAGAAAAGUCAGAUACGGCUCUGACAUUUACUUUAACGAUAACAUGCUGUCUGUAAAAUUUUAACUCAGCAGAGCAUAGCUUAUUCUUACUCUGCUCACUGGCAAACCUGAUUAUUCUCACCAAAAAAAGGCAAUCUUUCAUACUUUCUUGGCUAAGAUCAAAAGAGGGCCAAAUCCUGUGCAGACCUCAUUUUUAUUUGGGAACAAUUCAGUAGAAGUAAGUGCUUCAGGAUUUGGCGCAUCAUGCUCUAGUGAUGACUACAUUUGUUUUUAUAAACUUUGUAUUACUGUAUGAUGUAAAUUGCACUUGUCAAAAUAAACUACCAAAGUACA